UCCGUUUCUUCCGGCUUCUUCGUCUCGGUCGAAAUCCACAAACAGACGAAACCAACACCACAAUGAAGCGAUAUUUGGAUUAGACCGAGGGCGUACUGCACUCCUCGGAUAAUUUUGUCAUUUUCCCAAAAAAGUUUGCUUCUUGUUUUACCGUAUUCUCCGGGUAAUCGUCGUCUGUCAGCGGUUGAGGAUUAGUUCGUUCGGAGCGGAUUGUAGCCAUGAUGGCGUCAAGCUACAACGCUAAGGAAGAGGACGGACACCUCCCGGGUUCUUCGAAUCACAGUGGGACAGGAGCUAUCAAAACUAAAAAACCCGAUAAUACAGCGUUCAAACAACAGAGACUACCAGCCUGGCAGCCCAUCCUGACUGCAGGCACUGUGCUGCCUGCUUUCUUCGUUAUCGGCCUCAUCUUCAUCCCCAUCGGUAUCGGUUUAUAUGUGACAUCGAACAACAUUAAAGAGUUCCAGGUUGAUUACACUGGUGUGGAGCUCGACAGUCCGUGCCACAUCUGUGCCCAGAACUUCAGCCCAAACAGCACCACGCCAUGCUUCUGCACGGUGAACUUCACGUUGCAGCAGCCGUUUGAGAACAAUGUCUAUAUGUACUACGGCUUAUCCAACUUCUAUCAGAACCACAGACGCUAUGUGAAGUCCAGAGACGACAAGCAAUUAAAUGGUGAUUCAGGAGCUCUAAAGAACCCCAGCAGUGACUGUGAACCAUACCGUAAAGUUGGGGGAGUGAACAUUGCCCCGUGUGGAGCCAUAGCCAACAGCCUUUUUAACGACACUCUGGAGCUAUCUUAUAUUGAUGUCAAUGGCACCUUAAAUCCAAUCGAUCUGCAAAAGAAGGGCAUUGCAUGGUGGACAGACAAGCAUGUGAAGUUCAAGAAUCCUCCUGGAGCUAAUCUAAGUGUUGCUUUCCAAGACACAGUGAAGCCGGUGAACUGGAGGAGGCCGGUGUACGAGUUGGACCCGUCAGAUCUUGACAACAAUGGAUUUAUCAACGAAGACUUCAUCGUGUGGAUGCGCACGGCCGCUCUGCCCACCUUCCGGAAGCUCUACCGCAUCAUACCCAAGAAGUCGGGCGCCACCUCAACUCUACCCAGUGGAAGUUACAGCUUGAAAAUUGCUUACAAUUACCCCGUGCUCAGCUUUGACGGACGCAAGAAGAUGAUCUUGAGCACCAUUUCCUGGAUGGGUGGGAAGAACCCCUUCCUGGGCAUCGCCUACAUCACCGUGGGCUCCAUCUGCUUCUUCCUCGGCAUCGUUCUGCUCAUCAUCAACCAUAAAUAUGGCAACCGCAGCAACAGCGCAGAUAUUCCAAACUGAGCGGCUCCCGUGUGUUUUCCACGUCUCUGCAUGCAUCGCUGAUCUGCUCUGGACUGCCCGUUGGUGUGGAUACACUGUGAUUAUUGGCGAUGGGGCUGCAGACGAGUUCCAAAGCGUCUCAUCAUAUAGCUUUUGUUUACGUGUUGUCAUGUGUGUGUUCCUGUACAUUUAGCUCCAAGCUGGUUGAUAAGCUCGUCACGUUUUUGUUUUGAACCAUUUAUUUAUCCACACGUUGUCAGAUUUUAUUUUAGCAGUGCUUUGCCGAAUGCUUUUUGAAGGAUGUGUGUAUUCUUGAAUGCAAAUGUUUAUAUUAUAUUCUGAAACAAGUCCUGCUGAUGAAUGUAACAUAUUACCUCCAGUUUUUAGGAUGACCUCAGUUACAGAAUGGGUUCAUUGUUGCUUGUGCGCCGUUAAAGACAAUAGACAUUGAUAUCUAACUGCUAAUAUUUAAUCCUAGGAGUGACAUAAAGCAUAUUUAACAAAAAAUAUCUAUCUAAUGUUCACACUAAGCCAAACCUCUAAGAAAUUAAAUUCAGUAUUCUUAAUUCCAGGAACUUUCGACCAUGUUUUUGUCUAGUUCCAUCACAAUAAAUUGUUGCUUAUAGUUUAGCCUGAGUGAUAAAUCAUCUAAUGAGUUGACCAAAUAAUAUGCACUUUACAGGCAUGACAUUCGUUACUAUUCCACCUUGUUUCACCUGAUUUCACAGUUUCAGAUUUGAUGCUGAUUAAAAAAAUG